GUCACCGAACUGGACUGUUUCACUACAUCACUACAAGAGGCAAUCCUUUUGACAGGAACAGCAAGUGUGAGUUCUGUUGAGGGAACAUCUCCAAGAACCAGAACAAGUACUUUGCUGCUUUACCCUUUUCCAUUUCAUUGAUCUGGUGUGUACUACUACUGCCCUUAUUAUCCUUCUCAUCUAUUACCACUCUUCUAUCUUUAUUCUUUGGGACUCAUUCCAUACACCAAGAAAAAAAAAACAUGAUUUAGCCAUGGUCUUUCCUUAGGAGAAAAACAAAUAUCAAUGCUUUUUACUUUUGAUGUUGUAGCUACCCAUAAGGGGUUGACCUAGACACAUUGCUAGUGUGUUUGGCCAGAUGACAAGGUUUUAGGAUCUGGUCACAAUUGUGAUAGCAGCGACCACAUUUGUCUGCAAUUUCAUGCAAUAUCAAAGACUGACAAAACUGACCACAGUUUCAAGCAUCAGCAAGGAUUGAAACAAAACUAGGAGCGUUACCUUGGGCAGAAUUGGAAGCCAUUGGUUGUACAUUAUUGGCUCUUUUUCUGUCAUGGACUCUGCUUUUGGUCUGUUUUUGAUGACAUUUUCCUGGGUGUCAUUUACAUGUGAUGGUCAGAGAGUGAAAUCAGCUCAUGUUCUUGACCUCAUCAUAAGGGAUCACACGUUCAUGGCAUUGGACAAGAACUUGAGAACAGCAAUACCACAGUCAGUGGACCUACCUGCAAAUCUUUCAGGCAUUGGAGUUGAUGCUGUGAGGUUUAGAUGUGGCAGUUUGAGAAGGUAUGGUGCACACUUGAAGGAAUUUCAUCUGGGUACUGGUGUGACUGUGCAUCCAUGUAUUGAGAGGGUCAUGUUGAUCAGACAAAACAUGGGUCACAAUUGGUCUUCUAUCUAUUAUGCUAACUAUGAUCUAUCUGGGUACCAGCUUGUGUCUCCAAUUGUGGGGCUCCUAGCUUACAAUGCCGAUGAUGAUGAUGCAAAAUCAAGCAACCCUUUCCAACUUGGGAUUGUGGCUGGAGAAAGACCAAUGACAAUUGACUUCACCAAUGCCACAAAGUUGAACAAGGAAGAUGGGAUCAAGCCCUUGUGUGCCAGCUUUGAAGGUGAUGGAAGAAUGACACUUGCAAAAGGAAACCCUUCAACACCACUUGUUUGUGUUGCAAAGAGGCAUGGCCAUUUUGGUUUGGUUGUGGAGUCACCACCAGAUCAGUUCAGGAACAAGCCCAUAAGUAGGUGGAAAGUGGCUGUUGGAAGCACCAUCGGUGCUGCUUUGGGUGCUUUUCUCUUAGGCUUGCUUCUUGUGGCAAUGCUUGUUAGGGUGAAGAAGAGAUCGAGAAUGGUGGAGAUGGAGAGAAGGGCCUAUGAAGAAGAAGCCCUUCAGGUUUCAAUGGUUGGACAUGUCAGAGCUCCUACUGCACAUGGCACUCGAACCACACCCAUCAUUGAGCAUGACUACAGACCUCAUCCUCGUUGAAUGCUUUCAUUCUGUUCCUCAUCAAAUCAAUUUUGUAACAUUAAGAUUACUUUCCAUCAAUUCCAUUAUGUUGCUGAUCAAUCACUUUGGUAACAUCAAAAUCACAUCCGUCUAGUGCAAUUUAUCAUUAGCCAAAACUAAAAUUUUGAAUCUCUAGUUUCCACAACACAUUUCAAGACAUAGGAAUAUAGCAGAGAUAUCAGAAUAUUCGCAACAAAUUUACAUGCAC